AUGGUUGAGGAUAUGAUAAUCAGAAGCGGAAACCUCUUCAUAGCAGAUUUGCCGAAGAGCGAACCUGGUCGUCAAAUUCCUGUAGAGUUUACUGGGAGCCAUAGGGGCUACAAAACAGUAUUUUACAUAGAAAAAUCUUAUAAUUAUGGGGCACAUACCAUAAGAUAUGACUUGGGUGGCAGCCAUUACUACCUGUGUGUAGAAGGAAACAGGGUGUUUUUACAGUUGGGUGUCCAUCAGCCUGAUGAAAUGAAAUACAUCUUUGAACUUCAACAUGUCAACAAAGAUAGUGAUUACAUGUCUAUUAAGUCUAAAUACACUGGGAGGUACCUUGCCAGUGAUGAAGAUGGAAAGGCAUUUGUGGAGGAAGUCAAGCCUUCCUUAACGAAAGACAACCAGCCGACUGACAGACAAACAUGGUUCCUUCUACACUUUGAGGAAACAGUGAAAAGAGAAAGAGAAAGUACAUUUUACAGUUGUAACUUUGAUAGCACAAGUAUUGACUAUUCUGUCACAUGUCAGGCUCAAGUGGAAGCCUGUUAGGUGUAAAUAUGUUUCAUUGUAAAAAUACAUGUACAGGAAUAGAGAAGGAGAAUUUUAAAAUGUUUUUUCUUUUCAUCCUGGGACGGUUUGUUCCAUGUUUUAUUUUAUUUUUUUAAUGUUUAUUUUUUUGUAAAUAGUUUGGAUUUAUUUCUUGCUCAGUGUAUGUUCACUUCUUUCCAGCUUAAUAGUUUUGAUUGGUUUUUGAUCCUUUGAAAUGAAGGUGGGAAGGAAGUAAGUAAUUCAUGAUUGUUAACUGGUGAAAGACACUGGAAUAGAUUCAAAAUUUUUUUUUUGACAAAAUAUAAGAUAUUUCAUGUAGCUUUACAUUUUAAGAAACUUCUUUCAUGUGUUAUCAAGUAUUACUUUGCAUUUGACUUUAAUAUGUAGUUGUAAUAACAUGACAUUAGUUAAGGAAAUAUUACCUAUUAAAAAUGUUCUAGGUAAUAUAAGUUGUAACUGGUACUGUGACCAGAAUAUGUAUUUUACUGUAUGAGUACCAAUAAAUUUCUAAUAAAAGCAUUAUUAGUGGAGACUUCAGUCAUUCUUGCUGUUGGUUUAAGACUAAGAUAAUGU